CACUGUUGCCAAUCAAAUGAUUAAAAGUUAUUUUUUCUCGUUGGCCAUACCAUUAUCAUUCUCAUCAUCAUAUAAUUAUCAUCAUUAAAUAGAUAGAGAUUCAGUGACUACUUCUACGAUUUGGAUCUUUUUCUCUAACAAAAUUUGGACGAUAUCAUCACCAUCAUCAAUCUAUAGUAACGCCAACUACUCUAUACAACAACGGCAAAAAAAAAAACAAGUUGAUUGUAAUCAAUAUCGUUGUACCAUUUUAGUCUAACGACAAACUGACUUAGUCAUUAUUAUUGAUAUUUAUUGAUAUCAUUGUUGAAAAGUUGAGUUAUCCAUUCAUCCAUUCCGUUUAUAUUCAAAAAAAUUAAAAUCGUCCAAAAAUGGUUCACAAAGUUACUGAUAAGGAUGAUAUGAAAAAACAAUUGAAAGAUGCUGGCGAUAAAUUGGUUGUCGUCGAUUUUUAUGCCACUUGGUGUGGUCCAUGUCGCCUUAUUGCACCUGUAUUGGAAAAAUUGGCUGAAGAAAAUAAAGAAAAAUUGGUCGUCUUGAAGGUCGAUGUCGAUGAAAAUGAAGAAUUGACCAGUGAAUAUGGUAUAACAUCGAUGCCUACAUUUGUAUUGAUUAAGAAUGAACAAAAGGUUCAUUCAUUUUCUGGUGCCAGUGAACCAAAAUUGCGUGAAGCCAUUCAACAAUACAGUUAAACAUAUAUCAUAAUAUAUCGGCAUGGAAGAUAAUAAUAAUAUUAUAAACGCCAUCACACACACACACACACACACACACACCUAUCUUUCCAUUCAAUUGUCAAUUACACCCGCUAAAAUACAAUGAAUUGAUGAUCAAUCAAUUUUCUCAUUUUAUUAUUACAUGCAGAAAAUUUCCAAAUUUUUUUUUCUCUUACUGUUUGCUCGUCUAAUUAAAAAAAAACAUUUCAAUUCAUUCACACAUAGUUUAGUGAUGAAUAAUAUAUAUGACAAUCUAUGAUUUUAGGGCCAAACAAUUUUGUUUUGUUUUUAUUUUCACUUUUUUCUAGGUUCGUAUGACGAGCAAUAGAGCUUCCGGUUUUGUUUACACACACACACACACACACACAAUAUACCAAACCAAACACUUCCAUUUAAAUCUUUUUCUUUCUUUUUAUUGGUAUGAAUCGAUACACGUUCAAGGUCAAUAAAUAAUGAAAAAAAAAAUUCAUUUGUUUUUUCUCAA